ACUUCUGUUAGCACAGCAAACCUUAUGUGUUUGAUUUGAAAGGGGGGACUUUCACGCGCUCGUAAUCGGUACCUGUAUUGUCUGUAUUUAUCAUUUAAAUACAGCGAUCUAAAAUAGUAAAAUGACUAAACUUGAUCGUCUGAAUACUUUCAUGACCGAGCGCUUAAUGGCUGCUGUGAAGGAGAUCCUCUUUACAGUCGGCAGAACGGUUCGGGAGUAUGAGGAGGAAACGGAGCGAAUCAGAAGCGAGAACGAGCGACUGAAACAAAUGUUACGAGACUCAGGGUGCAUCCGUGAACGCGCAAAUCCUGCUCCUUUGCAGUCUUAUCAGCCAGUUUCCCCUGUGCAGCCUGGAUGGAUCUGCAGCCAGAAUGAGGAGCCAGAACCCUUUGAAGAGAUCCAUCAGGACAGAUGCCAGAGACAUAGCGAACAACAUCCGCUCAUAAAACCGGAAAAACCUGAAUACUCUGCCGACGCUUACCGGGAAUCUGUGGAUUUGCCUACAGAAGCCAGCAACAAUGAGGGCUCACACAUGUGCACUGAUCACACCGAACAGAGUACACAUCCGGUUGAGGAUGAGACGACAAACUGUCAUUUCCCAACUAAAAUCAAAGUUGAGUUCAUGAACUCUAACUUGUGUUCAGGCGAUGAAAUGGGGAGCACUGAAGAUGUAUAUCAGAGCUGGUCGCCACGCAGUCCAGACUUGCCUUUAGGGACAUCGGACCCCUACAGAGCACAACACCCAAACCAGCCAACAUACCCGAGCGGUGAAGCUCCUCCCACAGUAUCCCAGCAUAGCAGUUCAUCUUAUGACGCCAAUCACGUUUCAUAUCACAACAUACUAUGCACCAACGGGGCGUACUGUAGCAGUAAAUGCUGUGAAAUGCAAAAGAGGACAAUUGCCAAAUCAAGCCCUGUAUGGAAGUAUUUCUCUCUAAAAGAAGGCGAUUGUAGCAAAGCAGUGUGCAUUAUGUGCAGGGCCGUCAUAUCGCGCGGUCGCAAAGAGUACACAACUUCGGCCCUUCUAAAGCACCUUCGGAUGAAACAUGGAAAUGUGCUAAUCUUCGGCAGUGCCGAGAAGAGACGAAUGAAAGAGAUUACGAGAAAGACUAUGUGAAAACCUCUAAACCGCUCUCAAUCAGCAUGGACACUGGCUAUUGUGCGCCAUGGCGAACCGCUGAGUGAACCCCAGUGGUGGUGUAACAUUCUGAUUUUGGUGUGUUUUCAAACGAAUCGUUUCAUCAAAAUCAACAUUGUAUGGGUUGAGAUAGGGCAGUCAGAUACGUAUUGGUCAUCCAAACCUUUUGAUUAUGUUUACAGACAAAGUGUAAAAUUA